CCAAAAAUUGUGACACGGGUGUUUGUGUAGUGUUUUAUUUGGGAAUAUAUUAUUUAAUACGUCAUUUUCGAGCCUGUGUUAUGGAGAAUAAAAGUAGACUGCUGUCGUCCAGAGGGGCCCGUAUUGCUGGGUAUGAAGGUAUCCUGGGUAAAGGUUUUGACAUGUACGUGAGAGAUCCUUACGAGCAAGACACAAAUCCCCAGGGAAUCUUAAACUUGGGAACCAGUGAAAACAAGCUGUGCUAUGAUAUUAUACAUGAACGACUGACAAGACCUGGUAUGAAUUCUCUGGAUCCUCACCUGUUGCAGUACUCGAAUGUACAGGGCCUAGAAAGUUUCAGAGAAGAAAUUGCCAAAUUUCUCACAGAAUAUGCCAGAGCCCAAAAUCCACUGGACCCGGAGAACGUUGUGGUCAUGAAUGGAUGCUGCUCUGUUAUUGCUUCACUCACUGCUGUUUUGUGUGAUUCAGAAGAUGCUUACCUAAUCCCAACACCCUAUUACGGGAGUGUGUAUCCAGAUUCAUGGCUCUACGGAAAAGUAAGACCAGUGCAUGUCCAGCUGGACAGCAAGAUGUCUGAUGGGGAAACUCAUCCCUUUAUGUUGACAGUUAAAAAACUAGAAGAUACCAUGACAGAGGCCACAAAGCAGGGCAUCAGAGUCAGAGCUUUAAUCCUGAUCAACCCUCACAAUCCAUUAGGGGACAUUUACCCUGCACACUUACUGAAAGAAUGUCUAAUCUUUGCACACAGAUAUGGACUGCAUGUAAUCAUUGAUGAAAUUUACAUGCUAUCAGUGUAUGACGGCACCUUCACCAGUGUUCACAGUUUAGACAGAUUGCCUGACCCAGAAAGAACACACGUUAUAUGGGGAUUUAGUAAAGAUUUUGCCAUGUGUGGAGUUCGAGUCGGAACUGUGUACACCCAGAGCAAAGAAGUGCGAAAAGCACUUAAUCAGCUGGCCUGUUUCCAUGGUUGCGCUGGCCCAGUGCAGCAGCUUCUUAGUCGUCUGAUUUGGGACCAAGAGUGGAUAAACAAUACAUUUCUGCCCGCUAACAGAAGACGACUCCUGAAGUCACGGAGCAUUCUUGUUAAUGGACUUCAAAAACUCAACAUCCCGGUGCUUAAAUGUUGUGCUGGGCUUUUUGUGUGGGCUGAUUUCAGAAAGUUCUUAAAGACUCAGACAUUCAAAGCAGAAAUGGACCUGUGGUGGAAGCUGAUCCAUGAAAAGGUUUACAUCAGUCCAGGACAGGCUUUUUACUGCUGUGAACCAGGGUGGUUUAGACUGGUGUUUUCAGAUACCAUCAACAAGAUCCAGUUGGGCAAGUAAACUGAGCAUUUUAGUGAUGUGGGAAUGUGAAUAAUAAUAAUUUAAAAACGUUAUUCA